GAUGGUUGGCUCCUUUCUCCGGUCACAGUGAUCGGACGGUAUAGUGCAGUGUACAAGUUGAGCGGCUCAUCCAGGUUCGUGCUCUCCGCUAUCAACUCCUACGAGUACUCAGCCUCUGCAGUGAUUCUCAACGGAGUCACACCAUCGUUUACGGUCAUCAACGAAAGAACAGACGACGAGUGGACGGCAUUUGCUACGCCGAAUACUGCUGCUGGUCCUUCCAUUGCCUUCACAUUGCCGUCUGGAUGGCAGGUUCAGAACAGUAGUACGAAUUACCGUGUCUCUGUGCGACCGUCAUGUACCUAUGGCUAUAGCGCAUUCAGCGUUUUCCCGCCAAUGAGUCCUGGUGCGAAUUUUGUUACGGUUUCUCUGAAUGAUGGAACUACAACAGUAAAUCGAGUGAUACCUGUCGGAGUCGCUUCUUCAAUGGUAUGCCAAAAUGGUGGAACAGCGGGCUCGACGAGUUGUUCCUGCCCAGCUGACUUCACGACGCCGGACUGCUCACGUCCGAUUUGCCAGCAAGGCGAAUUGAACUCUUGGGGAGAUGUCUGCAAUUGUGAUUGGAGCUCGGCCGGAGGACGUCUCUGCGGAUGUAAGCCUUUUCCUGUGUUCAAAGAAGAUGGAAAUCUCCUUCGUGACGGCCGAAUGAAUAACGCUCUGAAUAAAGAUUUCUGA